AUGCAAAUCAAUCAAUCGGCAACUCAGACUCGUGUGUCACAAGAAGUGUACAUUAACCAAAUGUUACACAAAUACGAGUUAGAAAACACAAAACCUAAGAAGAUGCCAAUAGAUCCGAACAAGUCGCACCAGAAGGCCACGUCAAUCGCGCCAAAAGACCUUCUCAAGACGUACCAGAAAAAGUUAGAUUUUUAUGCUCAGAGGAGGACCAAUCUCAUAGGCCUCACAGAGACAGAAGACUAUGGCCCUAUCCACAACCGAUACAGAGUCAGAGGAUUUGUCAACGACCUCCGGAUCCCUGGAGUACACAUAGAGAGAAUGCCACUCUACAUUAACAACGAGUCCGCCAAGAAGCUUACGAGGAAUCCUGAGUUCCACAACAGGACGAAAUACAUCAAUAUUCGACACCAUUUCAUUCGAGAAAGAGUGUUAGGAACCAAGGAAAUUAACACCAUCCGGGUCUCGACUAACUACAACGUCGCUAAUAUGCUUACGAAGGCCCUGCCUAAGGCAAGACUAGAAUACCUGCUUAGUCUUAUUGGUAUGUCCUGCGCAGAAGACCCCCUAGAGGAAAAUUGGUAUAGAGCAUGA